AUGGACAAGGGCAUAGAGACCCUCGCGCAUCGCAUCGUCGACGCUUAUGAACAACCAAAGACUGCUCGUCGCCGUCGCUGGCCAUCUCUGCUCGUCAUCACCAUCACUACCAUCGAGCAGGGGGGUGUGGAUGUCCACCACGUCGAGUCGAGUGCUCUCGCACCCCGCAGUCGGCCCUCGGAGCCAUCAGGCGCUGUUCCUCCGCCCUCCACUCCGAGCCCCGAUAAGCCCGAUGUGUCUGUCCCUAAGCCUCCUUUGAUGGCCUCCACCCAUCCUCCUCCGACCAUCAGCCAACUGUCUCCUGCCCAUACUCGUCAUGCAGCUAACCCCAGCCGCCCCGGCAGUGGCAAAUCCACACUAGCCUACCCGUUAGCUGACCGCGUGAACGAGCUCCUCCUAGGCCAUCCGCCGCGCCACCGUGCGAUCCUGAACGAGUCGACGGCCGUCGCAGCCCGUCCACCGCGUGCAUCCCGCCUUCCGAGGACACGACGGAGUUCCUCGGCCUCCUCGGCCUUCUCGACCGACGACGAGGUGGCAAUCUGCGUCGGCCUCGACGGCUGGCACCACACGCGCGCAGAGCUGGACCGCUUCCCCGAUCCGGAGAUGGCGCACUGGCGCCGCGGCGCCGCCUUCACUUUCGACCUGGAGGCGUACUCUGCCUUCGUUUCUGCCCUGCGUAAACCCGUCGACAACGCAGAGGCGAUCGGGUUCCCCACCUUCGACCAUGCCGCCAAGGACCCCGCGCCGAGCGAUACGCCCAUCCUGCCGCAGCACCGGAUCGUGAUCGUCGAGGGCCUGUACACCAUGCUCGACAGGCCGGGAUGGAGGGAGUGUGCCGACAAGAUGGACCUGCGGGUCUGGGUCGAAGUGCCCCGGGACGUCGUGCGUGCCCGUGUGCUGAAGCGGAACACGGAAGCGGGCAUAGUGACGGAUGACGAGGUCGCAGUACGUCGCGUAGAGGAGAGCGACAUGGUCAACGGCGACGAGGUGUUUGCGCACCGCUACAAAGUCACGGACACGAUUGAGCCCGAGGACCGCCCCGUCACGCCGUCAAGUUCCAGUGACGGGGUCAUAAGCGAGGAGAGCGAGAGCGAUACGGACGACAUCGCCACCCCUUCGCCGGGCAGUCCGACGACACCGCGGGCGAGGACGAAUGGAGCGCCCGUGUUCACAUUCACAGCGACAGAGGAGAAGCGGGAAGACGAGCAGAGGGAGUAA